AUGGCGGCCAGAGCCAAGGAAAACAGCCUCUUCCCCAUGUUGACUACCUCCCUGGUCAAGUGUUUGAGGGCGGUGGCUGACACCUGUCACGCAUCAGUGCUGGAGACGGCGUUCCCAGGGCAACUGUUCGCCUCCCUCGUUCAAUUGCUCCUCAUACGAGAGCCCAGCACACAGCUGGAUGUGGCCCUACUCUGGCAUCGUCUCGUAGAUCACCAUGCCAACAAGGACAAGAUUCCUCUCAACACGUUCGUGGAUGUGUUGCUUACAGCUACAUGUACGUGUAUUUAUACCCUCCCCUUGUGCAGUGAUUGGGUGAGUCUGGAGGCUGUCGGGCUCUCACUGGGUGUGGUUUCGAAAGGAUUCCUCUCUAAAACAGUCAACUCUCUCUUCACCAAUCUCCUGGAACUGGCCAAAGCUCUCUGCACUAGCCCUGCUAACACACUCGCUUUCUACCAACUUGUAUUUCUCCUGACACUGGAAUUCUCUUAUCAAGGGCUCUCGGAUAUACUGGUCUUCCUACACCAGCUGCAAGAGCUUGCUGUGAAGGAGAAAGGUCUUGAGGCACAUCACAGAGUUGUGCUACAUGCUACAGUGGCGGGUGUGCUGCAUCUAGCGUCCAAGAUUAGUCGAAAUGAGGUACUCAAAACACACAUCGAUGGAGUGAUUGCUAAGAGGAGGGAGACAGCUCCGAAGUUGCUUCCUGAGGCUGUGUUUGUGACUGCAGACGAAAUGGAUGGUGGGCGUGAUACAGGGGGUGUGGUCUCAGAUGAGGAGGUCCUGUCGGCUGUGGCUGAUGAUGAGACAUUGUUGUUCAACCUAACUGAAGUAGACGCCAAGAGAACGUCUCCACCGCCCUCGUCAGGUAAACUGGGACGUGAUAGUCUUCCUGAACUGUCCAAUCACUUCUCUGUCUCCCUCGACUACGGCCCUGAAUCUCCACUCAAUGUCGACCAGAUCAGCUUCAACAAUCUCAAGGAGAAAGUGGAAAUAGCCAUCUCUGGCGAGGAGGGGGGCGUGACAGGCGGGCAGGGGGAGCAGUCAACGGAUAUAGUAUUUCAUUUGACUGCGGGUAAAGAUGUGGCCAAGCCUGAUGUGAGCUUUGAGGCCAUGGUGGGACAGUCUUCUAGAGGGGAUGACAGUAUUGUGUUCUCUGAUCUCGCGGAAAUCCUCAACACAAGUGUGACCUCCCCUGUACCCAUCCCUGGGGCAAUGGACAGUCUCGCCUCACCGCAGAAUGCUUAUGAUAUGGAACUGCCCUCUCUACACUAGCCACAGAUCAAUAAUAAUUAUUAUAGAUAUAGUGCGUUGUGUGUGUGUGUGUGUGUGUAUAUGAUUUAUUGUGUACGUCUCUACCGGUAGUUUGUGUUAAUUAGCAUUUUUAUAUUCUGUUCAUGCACCAAGCUGGGAAUUUGAAAAUUUGGACAAUUUAGAUCAUUAUAAUAAUUAU